UCCCGCUCUCCCUUCCCCUUCCGGCGGGGACCGAGGCGCGACGUGUCGGAGCGGGAACCGGGCGCUAUGGAGCUGGAGGCCAUGAGCAGAUACACCAGCCCGGUGAACCCCGCCGUCUUCCCGCACCUGACGGUGGUGCUGCUGGCCAUCGGCAUGUUCUUCACCGCCUGGUUCUUCGUCUACGAGGUGACGUCCACCAAAUACACCCGGGACAUCUACAAGGAGCUGCUGAUCUCGCUGGUGGCCUCGCUCUUCAUGGGCUUCGGCGUCCUCUUCCUGCUGCUGUGGGUCGGGAUCUACGUCUGAGGCCCGGGCGGGGGGAGCAGCGGCACCGCCCCCGGGGCCCGCCCUGCCUGUAAGCGCCGGGGGGCGGGGGGAGCCCGGGCGACGGAGCUUGACCGGAGGGGGUGGACUUAAAAGACACGGGGGUGUCCGAAGCCGCAGCCCUCGGGGUUAAGGGCGUCCCAGCUGCUCUGAGCUCGGGGAACUCAGCUGGAGAGUGUCCUGCGGGCUGGGCUGGUGCUCACCCCCCCGGGGGACAGUGAGGGGUUGUCUGUGCUGGGUGUUGUCCUUUCCUCUGUGGCUUUAACCACCUCCCCCGGGGAAGGUUUUCUCACCUCCCUCUCUCAUCUCUCCUUUGAUUCCAGGUGGGAAACCUCACGGGAGCUCUUUUUAUAUAUUUCUUUUCUACUGCACUGCCCUUGAGUGCCCUCUGCCCAGCCAACCCCACCUGAAUAAACCUGCCUCCAUCCUGC